AUGGACAUUGAUCCCCCAACGACGCAUUCGCACCGCAGCGACGUCGCCGAGAUGUUUCGUCCCCCUGUGAACCGCGCAAUGCGCGUUCUAGACCGGUCCUUCUUCAAGAAAACAGUCCCCGUGUCCGCCGCGACGAUAUUCAACCACAAGAAUAUCUCAAGAGUGCGAAAUGAAUUGAUAAAGAGCGAGGAUGCGCUUGUGCUGCCGCGACUACAACCCAUUAUUGACUUCAAGAAGGGCGAUACUAUUAUGAAAGCUUUGCUGCUACGGGAGGGGAUUAAGCAUAAUGAACCCGCGACGUGGUCGCCGAAGGUCAGUGAGUUAGUUGACAGCGGGGUAGUGGGCGUUGCGCCGUACGAUCUGACGCUGGAGUACGACUAUUGGACAUACCCGGAUAUUAUUGCCUCAAUAUUGCCAGAGGAUUUGCUGUCAGACAUGCCGCAAGGUUUCACGCAAAUAGGACACGUGGCCCACUUUAAUCUUCGUGAACCCUAUCUCCCAUAUCGAUUCCUUAUUGCGGAAAUCCUCCUUGACAAGAACCCGACGAUUCGCACCGUGAUCCGCAAGACCGAAGAUGUAGGCUCGCACAGCGAGUUCCGAACAUUCCCCUACGAACAUAUUGCCGGUGACCGCGACAUGAACGUCGUCCAGAACGAGCAGAACUGCGAGUUCCGCUUCAACUUCGCUAAGGUCUACUUCAACAGCCGUCUGGAGGUAGAGCACCGGCGGCUUGUGGACAAGUUCCGCCCCGGUGAGAUGGUCUGCGACGUUAUGGCCGGCGUCGGACCGUUUGCUGUGCCUGCGGGUAAGAAAAAGAUUUUCGUCUGGGCCAACGACCUCAACCCGCAUGGGUACGAUGCGAUGCAGUACGCGAUCCAGAAGAACAAGGUGCUCAAGUUCGUCACCGCUUUCAAUAUGGACGGAAGGCAUUUUAUCCCGUGGGCUGCCAAAGAGCUCCUCAAAAACGAGCCCUUGACGGUAAAGCUCUACCCGAAACCACCAAGGCCAGAUACUGCCGCAGGCAAGAAGAAGAAGCCGCUUCCACCUCCAGAGAUCUACAAGCGGCCACAGGUCUUCGACCAUUAUGUGAUGAACCUCCCCGGUUCGGCGAUCGAGUUCCUUGAUGCCUUCAAAGGCGUGUACGAGGGGCAUGAAAAUCUAUUCGCACCACAUACGGACAAGCCUUUGCCGUUGGUGCACGUAUACUGUUUCUCCGGUCAUUCGGAGAACGAGCACGAUGACCAUGUCGACAUCUGCAAGCGUAUCUCCGAGCGGUUAGGUUAUACCAUCACCACGGAAGACUGCGUCGGAGGCACUGGAAACCCAGAGCUCGAGCUCUCCAUCCAUAAUGUGAGACUGGUUAGUCCUAACAAGCAGAUGUUCUGUGCUAGUUUCCGUCUCCCGCGCGAGGUGGCAUUUAACAAGUGA